AUGUUAACCUUACAUCAGAAAAGUCUCACCGAAUCCAAAAUCAAAAACGACAAUACUUCUUUCUAAAUAAACUAAAAUCUUCGCUCAUUUAAUCCUUCACAAUUUCUAAACAAUCUUGAUUAAGUUAGUAAUAUCAAAACUCCUUAAUAUAAUGAAAAUACUCAACAAAUACAAACCCUAACAGAAAAAGCAGAGAGUAAUUAUUGUAGAUUUCCUAAACUUCAAUCUAAUUCAUUAUUAAACAUUUCUAAACCUAUUGACUCUAUGCCUUAAUCUAAACAUCAUCAACUUAAAUCUCAACUAUCGACUAUAUUUUCUUAACAAAACCAAAUUAAUGACAAUCAUAUUAUUUUGCCAGGGUUACGAAAACAAAGAAAAGAAUCUUAAAUGUUUAUUUAAAUGAUUGAACAGCAGGUCAGUUUUCCAAUUUAAGAAACUUAAACUUCAAGAUAAAAAAGAUUUUAAAGAAAAAGAGAUCACUAAACAUAAAGUUAAACAAAUCUAGAUAGUCUAAAUUCCUUAUAUCCUGAUAAUUCUUAAUUAGAUGACUCAAACUAUAAUAACAAAAGAGUUGAGUUCCAUAAAAAAGUUAGAGUCAUAAAUCUAGAAAAUGGAAAAAUCGCAACUGAAGUCAUAAAAGAAGAAGAUGAAUCAAAAUCUCCAAGAUAAUACAAAAGAAAAUUUGUAUCUUAAAAGACAAAGUAUUUCUAUGAAGAUGUCAAUUCAUGA